AUGGAAAACGUCUUGAACAUUCACACAGGUGUUCAGUUUGAUAAAUCUGUUUCACAUUACGAAAUUCACGCUCAUCAACCAUAUGCAUCCUCAUCAACUUACAACAACAGCGAUGAAAUAAGAAUUGUUAUUCAACAUCAAGAUUUGUGUAUUCUACCUAGCAAAAGUACUUUGCACGUAUCUGGACGUUUGACAAAAGCUGAUGGAGUUACAGCAACUGCAGCAACAACUCUAGUUACCAACGCCAUCUGUUUUCUAUUUGAUGAUAUUCGUUAUGAGCUCAAUGCUAUUGAGAUUGAUCAUUGUAAAAAUGUUGGUCUCACGAGCACGAUGAAGGGAUAUGUAUCACUUACAUUGGGACAACGUAAUCUCUUGGAGAAUGCAGGCUGGAUCGAUUCAACACUUGCCAAUAAUGAUGGAUAUUUUGAUGUCACAAUACCGCUAAGUUUGAUCUUGGGUUUUGCUGAAGAUUAUCAAAAAGUAAUUGUAAACGCAAAACAUGAACUUAUCAUGACGCGUGCACGCAGUGACAUCAAUGCAGUUAUUCAAGGUCAAGACAUUGAACAAUUCAAGAUAACACUUUACAAGAUUGAGUGGAUGAUGCCAUAUGUAAUGGCUGCUGAUCGUCAAAAAAUACGUUUACUGCAAUCAAUUGAGAAAGAUUCAUUCAUUACAAUGAGUUUUCGAGCCUGGGAUUUGUAUGAAUAUCCUUUACUCCCCAUUACCUCAAAACAUGUAUGGACAGUGAAAACGUCUACGCAACUUGAAAAACCGCGUUACGUUUUGCUAGGUUUUCAAACAAGUAGAAAGGAUAAACUAAAAAAGUAUGCUAAUCGCUUUGACCACUGUGACAUUACAAAUGUUAAAUUAUUUCUAAAUUCUCAAUACUAUCCCUAUGGAAAUUUAAAUUUGGAUAUUGAACACAACCAAUUUGCAUUGUUGUACGAGAUGUAUGCAAACUUUCAACGCAUUUAUUAUGACAGAGAGCCGGAACCUUUAUUAAAGAAAAUUGAUUUCAUGGAUGCUGUCCCACUAAUAGUCAUCGAUUGUUCAAAGCAAAAUGAAUUCCUUAAACAAGCUUCAGUAGAUGUGAAAUACGUUGAAGAAUUGGGCUGCCCUGCCUUGAAGAUACUGCAUAGUGCCAUUCCUCCACUGUGUCAUCACCAUUGCCAAACCUGUUACCACAACUGUGCAGUUCGCAACGUUAUUGCUCUAAAAACUUGGUUCCUGAAUUCUACUGCUACUACUACGACAUCAAGUACCCAGUGCAUAAUAGGCACUACAGAGGAUGAUGACGAUUCAUCAUCAUCAACUUUUGAAAUGAAUUCUAAUAAUUCUUGCAGUAGUUCACCUGUUGGUACUCCCUCUAAUUCGGAAGAUGGAGAAGAUCCUAUAAUUGAACCCAUUUUCCUAUUUAGAGGGACUGGUGGUGACGAUGCUGAUGAUGGCUUCAAGGAGGAUGUGCGUGUUGGUGGUUGUGGGUGA